UUCGCUCUCUCUGACGACCUGCUUUUACGUCAAUCAUGAUCUUUUCUUCCGACCUCUAAACAGCUCUCCCCAAACAUCCACCAAAUCGUUAACGCCCCUUACUCACACCCUGUUUGCCUCCUAUUUCUAUCCCAAGAGCUUAGUCAAUUGACUUAUUCACUAUGAGGUUCGGAGAGCACCUCCGAUCUUCUAUGAUCAAGGAGUACUACUGGUACUACAUUGCAUACGAGGAUCUGAAGAAGGCUCUCAAAACCGGUUAUGUCACCGAGCCUACGCCCGAAAACGCGAGGCCCGACCGCCAGGCCUGGUCGGAGGACGAUGAGAAGCACUUUGUGACCCUGCUGGAGAGCGAAUUGGACAAGGUCUUCAACUUCCAGCGAAUCAAGAGCGCGGAGAUCGCUCGUCGCAUUCAAGCCAGCGAGACGGAAGUCAAUGAUGUGGUUUCCCGCUUGGAUAAUUCCUCCAGCUCUCGCUCAGACAGCGCCUCAAAUUCGCGUCCCAGCCGGAGGCCCCCUUCCGACGAAGACUUCUUGUUGCUCGAGCAGGUCUUGAGUGACAUCAUCGCCGACGUCCACGAUCUGGCAAAGUUCACCCAACUGAACUACACUGGCUUUCAGAAAAUUAUUAAGAAACACGAUAAACAAACCGGGUGGCACUUGCGGCCUGUCUUUGCUGCGCGACUCAAUGCGAAGCCGUUUUUCAAUGACAACUAUGAUGCCCUCGUCGUCAAGCUUUCGAAGCUUUACGACCUUGUCCGUACCAAAGGUAAUCCCGUCAAGGGUGAUUCGGCCGCCGGAGGCAGUCAACAGAACUUUGUCCGCCAGACGACCAAAUACUGGGUUCAUCCCGACAACAUCACUGAGCUGAAGCUCAUUAUCCUUAAGCACCUUCCUGUGCUGGUUUUCAACCCUAGAAAAGAAUUCGAGGAAAAAGAUGCCGCUAUUUCAUCCAUCUAUUAUGAUAAUACCGAUACAUGGGAGCUCUACCAGGGUCGCUUGAAGAAAACCGAGGGAGCGGAAGCCAUCCGACUGCGCUGGUAUGGUGGCAUGGAAAGUGACCAGAUCUUCGUGGAGCGGAAGACCCAUCGCGAGGACUGGACGGGAGAAAAGUCUGUCAAGGCGCGUUUCUCACUGAAGGAGAAGCACGUUAAUGCCUAUCUUUCCGGUCGCAUGACCGUGGAGAGCAUCUUCGAGAAGAUGCGCCGGGAAGGUAAGAAGAGCGAAGAGGAAAUCGACAACUUGGAGCAACUGGCACGGGAAAUCCAAUACCGAGUCAUCACGCGAAAAUUGGUCCCUGUGACCCGAUCUUUCUACCACCGAACCGCCUUUCAGCUUCCCGGAGACGCUCGCGUGCGUAUAUCUCUCGACACAGAGUUGACAAUGACUAGGGAGGACAACCUCGAUGGUCGCAGCCGGGCGGGAGACAAUUGGCGGCGGAUGGAUAUCGGCGUGGAUUGGCCUUUCUCCCAGCUCCCUCCCGAGGACGUGGAGCGCUUCCCCUAUGCCGUGUUGGAGGUAAAGCUUCAAACGCAAGCGGGCCAAGAGCCACCGCAAUGGAUCAGAGAUCUGACGGCCAGUCACCUGGUCGAGGCGGUGCCCAAGUACAGUAAAUUCAUCCACGGCACGGCCACCCUCUUCCCCGAUCGUAUCAAUCUUCUUCCCUUCUGGAUGCCGCAGAUGGACGUCGACAUUCGCAAGCCGGCUACUCGCAAGUUCGGUAUCCAGCGGCCUCCGGCUAGCGCACCUUUGUCCACCACCGAAACACCCGAGGAUGACGAGUCGGACGAGGAAGACUCGAACGAAGCACGCUGGGUUGAUAGCACGAACACGGCUGAGGCCACGACUGCCGAUCAAGAAGCCCUGUUUGCCGAUACCGAUGGAAACGCCUUGGAUAUAGAGGAGCGAAUCGCCGCUCAACCACUUCCCGGAGACGAGGAUUACCCGUUAUACGAUUCGGAUGCAGAAUCGGUUGAUUCGGACGAGUUGGAGGAAGCGCGUCGUGUGGGUGGCACCUACUACUACAAGCAGUUGGCAAAGUACUACGUCCACAAUGCUGGAAAUGCCAUGGUACACUGCUUCACAGCGCUCAUCCCGCGCCCGCGUCCGACCAGCAUGCCGCCCCCGGAACAGAAUGGAAUUGCCGUCAUGGGCAACAAGCGCACGGUGAAGCGCUUCCAAGCUCCCAAGGGCAAGCGAAUCCACGUCCCCGUCCGCGUCGAGCCAAAGGUCUACUUUGCCGCAGAACGUACCUUCCUCUCGUGGCUGGAAUUUUCCAUCCUCCUUGGUACAAUUGCAGCUACACUGUUGAACUUUGGAGAUGACUACAUCACCUUCGGAUCCUCUUGGGCUUUCACCGUGCUGGCUGCGGUCGCCCUUCUAUACAGUCUCAUGCUGUACGUGUGGCGUGUCGACAAGAUACGCAAGCGCCGCGACGUCAAGCGUGUAUACUACGAGAAAUGGGGACCGACGGUCGUCGGUCUCGGACUGGUGGUUAUCGUCAUGGUUAACUUUGGUCUCCGGGCCCGCCAAGCCGGAUUCUUGGCUAAAGAUGGAGACCUUGACGACGCUCCUCACGGAGGCGAGCUGUGAUGCUUCUUCGAAUUCUGGGUAUAAAUUGUUGCGACGAAGUUAUCUAUCUGAAUGAGUGAAUCCGUUUCGUUUCUAAGCUAUCAUCAUUAUAUUAUCCUCUGCCCUUCUUUCAGUUGAAAGG